AAUAAAUAUUUCGUUUGAAUUGUACACUGGGGAUUGUGCUCUUACGAGUCAGGCACACUAUCAACAGACACUCAAGCCAGCAUAAACGAGGAACACUCCUCCCCGACAGCAUUCGCCUUACCAUGCAGCACUAACUGUUCGACAACUCACGCUGCUGAAACGACGUCGUCUGAUUUCCGAGAUGAGGGAGGGAGCUGUACGGAGCGGCGUCAUGCAGAGUCGGAGAGGCGAGGAGGUCUAGCGCGUGAACCCGGCAGCCACCAGGAAGCCGAGAGCCAGGGAGACCGGUUUAGCGCCUUUUCGUUUCCCGGACAACUGUCGCGAGCGCGCCGAUGCGACGCGCAGGCGGGGUCUGUGACCGCGACCCUUUCGCCCCCCCUCGGUCCCGCGACCGCACCGUCCCCGCGGGCCUCCGUGCCCGAAUAGGACACCGCCACGCCAGGACCACGUUCGCAACCACGGCCUCUUACGCUCAGACCACCGUCCUUCACGCUCAAACCACGGUCUUUUACACUCAAACCAAACUCAGGUAGCUGUCGUCUUUUUACCACAUAUUUAUUUAUUUUUUAAACUUUGAGGUAACUUUGAGCUUGCGGACGUCGGUAAAUCCGGGACUGUUUUAAAAAAAUAAACAAGCUCCCCGGGUGCUUUCCUCUCAUAAUCCCAUCUAACGGCGACAGGAGGGGACCUGCCGUCGAAGAAGCGUCCAGGAGCCCGGCCGCGUUCUCCCCGGUAGCACCCGCUAUUUCCCCGUUAGCGACCGCGUUCUCCCCGUCAGCGGCCCACGUUCCACCCAGGCAUGCAGUGCAAGCGGAAGGUGUGCCUGUGCGCGCUGCUCUGCGGGAUCCUGUUCGUCACCAUCGCCACGCACACGCUCCAGCGGGGCAACCUCCUCCCCCUGGCCGUGGCCGCGCUGCGCCCCUUCGCCGCCACGGCGCCCGCCGGGACUCUGGGGCGCCCGCCCCCGACCGAGGCCGCCCGGCCCGAGGAGGGCGUGGCCUGCGGCUGCCCGUCGUGCGUGGCCGACGCCGGCCGGUCCGAGUGGUUCGACCGGCGCUACGACCCCCAGCAGCAGCCCGUCCUCACUGCCCAAAACGCCAGCCUCCCCCCGCUCACCCUCAAGUGGUGGCUGGGUCUCCAGCGGUCUGCGGGGGAGCCGAAGACGGAGGAGGUGAUCCAGAAAAUGUUCCAGGUCAUCUCCAGCCCCUUGCCAGACUGGAAGCCCCAGAAGACUCGGUGCAGGAAGUGUGCCGUGGUGGGAAACUCAGGGAACCUGCUGGGCUCGAAGCAUGGCCCGCUGAUCGACUCCCACACCAGUGUGAUUAGGAUGAACAAAGCCACUACCUCGGGGUUCGAGGAGGACGUGGGGAACAGGACCACGCACCACCUGAUUUACCCAGAGAGCGCGGUGGACCUGCGGCCUGGCGUGCACCUCGUCCUCCUGCCCUUCAAACUGCGGGACCUGCAGUGGGUGGCCAGCGCCCUGACCACCGGGGAGAUAAAGACAACGUACAUGAGAGUGAAAGAGCGCAUCCAGGCCGAUAAAGACAAGGUGAUCGUGGUGAACCCGACCUUCUUCAAAUACACCCACGACAGGUGGACGGAGCGCCACGGCAGGUACCCGUCCACCGGAAUGCUGGCCAUCGUCUUCUCCCUGCACGUCUGCGACGAGGUGUCUGUGUUUGGCUACGGGGCAGACCACCUGGGGAACUGGCACCACUACUGGGAGAACAACAAGCUGGCCGGGGCGUUCCGCAAGACCGGCGUGCACAACGGCGAUUUCGAGAUGCAGGUCAUCGAGAAGCUGGCCGCCGCCGGCAAAAUCAAGCUGCACAAAAGAUGAGAGGAGGCGGAGCCUUAGCCGGACCGCACCUAACCGCACGCAGCCGGAAGCCAUACCGCCGCCGGGCGCUAAAAACAAACAGACCAAAGAGCCCUGUACGGCCAGGAGCACCGCAGAGUCUCGCAGAACCAAACAAACAAACAAACAAACAAACCGCAAAACGCUGUCCUAAGACCAAACCAAUCGCUCGUGUCUCCGUUUAUACUUGAGUUUUUUGUUUAUUAAAAAGCCUGUGUUUUAACGGCGUGUCUCACAGACGGUUCGGGGUGCUGUCGCCACCCUGCGCCGGGGCGUACGGGCCGCUCACGCGCGGGCGUACGGGGACCGGAGCGCGAGCGGGAAGUUUUAUUUCUGCCCCAGUGCUUUAUCCUGAACCACCGCGCCUUAUCCACAGCCAUCCUGCAGGAAUUCAGGAGCCUCGGGGGGGGGGUGACCGAAAACGAGGCCGCGAGAGCAGCUCCGCCCACUCCUGAGGGGUUGGAGGCGGGGUUUGGAAGCUCGCGACCACACGCAUGUCCUGCAGCAGCUCGCACACGCAUGUGCUGUGAAGCUGCGGUCACUUUAAGAGGGUCGCGGAAAACCGAGCACUUUUUAAAAAUGUUUUUUUUUUCUCCAGAAAGUGGAGAAUUUAAUCGCUAUGGACUGAUCUUUUUUCUUUGCUAAAACUCUGCCUUCUACUGCUUUGGUCAGAGGUGCGCAUGACAAAUCACUAAAUCGCCACGACGACUGGGGCGGUCCGCCUGUGGCCACGUUACCUGGUGCCUUGUGCUGGAUGCUUCUCUCGACAGACUGAAUGUUGUACUCAAUGCAUGAUUGGACGGGUGGGCGGCACUGAGCAGCCAAUCAGGAGGUACCAUCAUGCAGUGCAGGGGGCCGGUUGUGAAGCCCCUCAAUGAGAUCUGUUUCAACAAAGAUAUUACAUGUACUGACCAGGGAAUAUUUGUUUUAAAUCCCGAGAUGGUUUACCCACUAUAUGUGAAUCAUCUAAUAGCUUUUACCUCCUAUUUUUCCUGCAAGUCAAAGUUUUUUUUAAUAUUCCUUUAGUUAAGGGUGAUUUAAGUGACCUAAAUAGAGUAUCUUUGUUGACACUGAUCCAGAGUUGACUGCAUGGUAUAAUUAUGUUCGGAAAUUCAGUUUCCAUUCGAACUUUUAAGAGGAUCUGCUUUCGGAGCACGAAAACCAGAUGAGAGAGGAACUGAAUUCUGAAACGCUUCUUCAGAGAAAUGUGUGAUUUGAGCAAACCCCAUAUCUUUGGGGUUAGUGAUGACUUGAAUUCAAAUCUGUCCUGUAUGUGUGGGAAUGAGGGAUUUUUAAAAAAUGUAACCAGUGUAUAAAGCAUGUGCGUGCAUGUGUGUGUGUGUGUGUGUGUGUGUGAGAGAGAGAGAAUUGCAACUGUUUCCAUUAGCCUUAAACUGGAGACCUAUGGGGAACAUGCUCUCCCUGCCUGUGCCCUGUCCUGUCCACUCCAGGAACAAUUUUCCAUAAAACAAAUACAGCCAUUCAUUAUAUGCAGUGAAUAAAAGGAAAUUUUAAUUGGGUGACUGGGCUUCCAUAUGAACUGCAUACGCUGCAUUAGGUCAUAGGCCCGUAUUGCAGAACCAUCUCUUAUGCAAGUCUGUAGGAGGUAACACAACGCCUGUUUCCAUCUGGCUUUAACGGGGACAUCUGUUCAUCUCUUUUGUUUUGGAAAUAAACGCAUGUAACAAGUUC